AUGCUAUUCUCCGCGCUUUUAUUAAUAAGAGAGGAAAUCGAGCAGGAAAAAGUUCAGGGUAUAUACAGUAAGCUGUUAAAGAUGAAUGGUUUAGUUGAUGUUAAGGUUUACAAGAGCACUAGGGAGGUAAUGGUUACUUUUGAUGACAGUGUGUUGACUUUAGAGGGUGUUUUAGAUACAGUAAACAAGGACGGCGUUAACGUGGAAGUUGUGGAUACAGGUGGCAGGAGCGACACAGCAACGGCGGUGGUUUCCGAGGAGGGGUCUAUUGGGCAGGAUAUUGAUCGUGCACGUGGUAGUUUGGAAUCGGAUAGAGAGACUGAUGAUCUGCGCCAGACAAACCCUGUGGGGAAGAACAGUGGGUCUGGCGGAGCCCUAGGCCCCGAAAGCGAAGUAACUGGAGCACAAGGGGCUACAGCUGUGCCUGAAACAGGGGUAAAGCCUUUGGAGGAUUUGGGCGAGGUCAGCCUUCAGAUUCGCGGAAUGACUUGUGGGGCGUGCUCUUCUUCCAUUGAGUCCGUUGUAGGCACGUUGGCGGGUGUUUCGCAGGUAGAGGUUUCGCUAGUGACAGAGGUCGGCAAAAUACGGUUUGAUAAGUCCAUGGUGGGCGUAAGGACAAUUAUAGAGACGAUAGAGGAUUGCGGGUUUGAUGCUACCGUGCUACAGAAACUGGACAAGGAAGCACAACUUGAGCAGCUUGCAAAGACCCAGGAGCUAUAUAGGUGGAAACACAAUGCGACGUACUCGUGCUGCAUAGCUGGAACUGUGUGUGUGCUUUACCUCCUUUUGCCAUUGUUUGUACCUUCGGUAGUAGGUAAAUUUCCUUACAAGGAGACAGCAAUAUCUGGGCUGUUUUACCGCGACAUAGUUGGUCUAGUGUUGGCUACGUACUUGCAUGCCACAGUUGGGAGAUAUUUCUACACAUCUUUCGUUAAUUCGAUAAAGCACUACUCGGGGACCAUGGAUACGCUAAUAUUUAUUUCCACUACCACAGCGUAUGUUUUUUCACUUUUCACCAUGGCCAGAAAUGUUGCGAUGCGCACACCAAAGAUGCCAAUGGUGCUAUUUGAUACAUCGGUUAUGCUAUUUGCCUUCAUUUCCGUAGGGAAGCUGAUGGAGAGCAAGGCCAAGUCAUUUACGUUAAGCUCGUUGUCGAACAUGGUUUCACUGUUACCCACUUCGUGUACAAUUAUUGAGGAAUCAGGAAACCGCAGGGAGAUUCCAGUAGAGUUACUCCAGGUUAAUGACACUAUAGAGCUUUUGCCUGACACCAUUGUACCAGCAGAUGGGAUUGUUAUUGAGGGAGAGAGCGAAGUCAACGAAUCUCUAGUGACGGGUGAGUCAAUGUUCGUUCUGAAAGACGUCGGGUCGACAGUCAUUUGUGGAUCAAUUAAUGGACCAGGGCAGCUCAUUUAUAAAGCGACGAAUGUUGGUGAAGAUACAAGGCUUGCUAGCAUUAUAACGGCAAUGAAAGAGGCGCAACUAAUUAAACCUCCUAUUCAAAAGUAUGCUGAUUUUAUGGCAGCUAAGUUUGUUCCUGUAAUAUUAACAUUGUCUUUGAUCACGUUUUUGACUUGGCUAUACGCAUGCUAUGUUUUAAACUGGACUCCGAGUGUUUUCAAAAGUUCCAAUGGCCCGUUCUAUACUUGCAUGCAAUUUGCUAUCUCUGUCAUCGUGGUCGCCUGUCCAUGUGCACUUGGCCUGGCGGCUCCAACCGCAAUAGUUGUUGGAACUGGCGUUGGUGCAGAAAAUGGUAUUAUCUUCAAGGGAGGGGGAGAUGCUAUCGAAAAAGUGAAUGGAAUAAAUGCGUUUUUGUUUGAUAAAACCGGCACUUUAACCACAGGGAUUAUGGCAGUUACGAAGUUUCAUCCAUUUAUUCCAAUAGAGAAUAUCACUGUCACUCAUUGGAGACUAAUCAACUUGACAGAGCGCAUAAGCCAGCACCCAAUAGCCAAUGCUCUGGUGCAGUACUCUGACCAAUACUUACAAGAAGACACAGAACCUGAAGUAAAAGUUAUAAACCAAAAAGUUAUUAUGGGUAAUGGUGUGCAGUGCACAAUUACUCUUGAAGGCCAAGAAUACGACGUCGUAGUAGGAAAUAGGCGUAUUAUGCCGGUAAAAAUCGAUUACCCAACUUCUGAGACAGAAUCCUUUGUUAGUAUCAAUAACGAAGUAUUGGGGGUUUUUGAAUUUUCUGCAUCAAUCAACGAAGAUGCUUAUGAACUAAUUAACUACUUACUUGUACAAGGAUAUUAUAUUGGAAUGCUGACGGGUGACAAUCACGAAGCAGCCGUGAAGGUCUCAUGCAAGCUAGGAAUACCUGCUAACAACAUCUACAGCGAACUCCAGCCCGAAGACAAGUGCGCUAUUGUUUCUGAGUUAAGAAACACGCACGGAUACAAAAUUGCAUUAGUUGGGGAUGGUAUUAAUGACUCAGCUGCCCUGGUCGCAAGUGACUUGGGUGUAUCAUUAUCCAGUGGAAGUCAGUUGGCCAUGGAAGCUUCUGACAUUGUUCUUUUAAAAGAUGUAGAUACCGGCAUUUUACAACUAAGAAAGUUAGUAUACGCUCUUGACAUUGCUGCCAAAACGUAUCAACGCCUCAGACUAAACAUUUUCUGGGCAAUGUUCUACAAUUCGUUCAUGGUCCCUAUAAGCAUGGGUAUUCUCGCUCCUUGGGGUAUAUAUCUGCCCCCAAUGGCUGCUGCUGCUGGUAUGGCUCUAAGCUCCGUCAGCGUUGUUACCUGUUCGCUGUUGUUGAAAAGAUGGAAAGCUCCUGAUCUAUCUCAACCUUCAAGAGGUAAAGUGACACUAAGAACAAGGAUAAAAGAUUGGUGGCAAGAUUUCAGGUCGCCACCAACUUUAACCACCGAAUUAGAGAUGCAAGAACGCUUCAUCCGCCAGUAA